GAAAUGUUGUUCCCCUCGGGGCUGUCAUAACCACCUUUUUAUCAAGACUUCUAUAGCUUUAGUUCACUGUGGAACAACCCUUUUUUGGUACUUUAUCUGGGGGGAGGGGAGGUUGCUUCUUUUUUUUUUAAUGAUCCUCAGGAGGUUCCUUGAGCCUACUUCAAAGCAUUUCGCAUUUUACCAGCAUCCUUUGUCCUGUUUACUAGACUGUUCGUUGCUGUCACUGAUUCUGUCAGGAUGUUUGGUUGAAAAGUGCUUGAAGCAGAUACCUCUUGGGAGCGCUGUACAAAUACAGCCACGUCUCAAAGAGCACGUUCCUGACUUUGCCCACAGGGAAAGCGUGAGUGUAUACAGCGUUUUUCGGGUUACACAGAAUCCAUCAGGUCUGCUGGUUUUGAUACUUGUGCUUCUAGUAAUCUAGAUGUACAUUAUCAUUUAGGCUGUAUGUUCAUGUUUUACUUCAUUCCUGGGUAUUUUUUUCCCUUCUUACAUAAUCGUGCUUUCAGCUCUUCAACGUGCUUUCUCCCCGCCUUAGGCACCUCAGAUCUGCAGCAGCCAGACUCUCGUGCUCCUGGCCCAGGGUAAAAUGAGUUAAGACCUUUCCAGAGAACUAGUGGCUUGCGUUGACCGCAGACCAUCGGGCACUGUCAGCACAUGAACGCCUGUGUCUACGACAUGGUCGUAUUUUAUCCUUUCCGCAGUCUUCAACAGUCUUGCUGCACGUGAUUGCUUCAAAAUCUGGAGAGGAAGGGGUCUUCACCAGUUGCUCCUGUUCAUAUUGUCAAUGAAGAGUCAACUGACAAGACAAAUUUGGGCUUCAUUCAUGCAUUUGUGGCUGCUAUAUCAGUCAUCAUUGUAUCAGAAUUGGGGGAUAAGACCUUCUUUAUUGCAGCUAUCAUGGCAAUGCGAUACAACCGUUUGACUGUGCUGGCUGGUGCUAUGCUUGCCUUAGGACUGAUGACAUGUUUAUCAGUUUUGUUCGGCUAUGCCACCACAGUUAUUCCUCGUGUGUACACAUACUAUGUGUCAACUGCACUGUUUGCAAUUUUUGGCAUCAGAAUGCUUCGAGAAGGCUUGAAAAUGAGCCCAGAUGAGGGCCAGGAGGAGCUGGAGGAAGUUCAAGCAGAAAUUAAAAAGAAAGAUGAGGAACUUCAGAGAACUAAACUCUUAAAUGGACCAGGCGAUGUGGAAACAGGGCCAGGCACCACUAUACCCCAGAAGAAAUGGUUACACUUUAUUUCUCCAAUCUUUGUUCAAGCUUUUACUCUGACAUUUUUAGCAGAGUGGGGUGAUCGUUCCCAAUUAACAACUAUAGUCUUGGCAGCAAGAGAGGAUCCCUAUGGUGUGGCAGUAGGGGGAACAGUAGGGCAUUGCCUGUGCACUGGUUUAGCAGUUAUUGGAGGGAGAAUGAUAGCACAAAAAAUUUCUGUUAGGACUGUGACAAUCAUAGGAGGCAUUGUCUUCUUAGCAUUUGCAUUUUCUGCACUAUUUAUAAGUCCAGACUCUGGUUUUUAAAUUUGUUUUUCAUCAUUGCGAAAGAACAAGGAUUGGAAGCGCUAAGCAGCUAUCCUUGUGUGUUCUUGUAUAUAAUGUACAGGCUUAUAGUUAAACAAGCACUGAAGAUGAGACACUGUACUUUUUGUAGUAAAUGAUUUAUGGGAUUGACACAGUUAUGGACAGCGUCUGCAGUGGAGAGCUGCUCUUUGUCUGGUUUGUGUAUUCUGCGAUGCCUACUCCCUCGGUGGGAUUUGAGCGGUUUUCUUAUUUGCUGAACCUGGCUCAGCUGAGUUUUGAGGAUCUACGUUCAUAGCUGUUGAAGCUUCCCGUUUUCUUCCUCUGUUACACAUGGCUACCUUUCCUGUUUCCUCAAGAGCUUAUUCUGAUGGCUAAGUAAACAAACAGCCUUCUCUGAAGAGACCAUAAGUGUUUUGUUCCAUGUUGCUCAACAGAAAGCGAUAAGUAGAAAACUGCUGACUCUCACCUCCAAGUUCUUCGGUACCAGGAUGUGGCCAAGGCUGGAUAAGCUAAGCAACAAGAAACCUGGGAGCAAUUCCUAUACCAUUGAAUGGCUAAGCCACCAGUGGGGAAUUUUAUAAAUUGAAUUUAGAGAGCAAACUUCUUAAUCAGGGAUUUUUAUCAGGAAAUUAAUGUGUGGUGAUUACCAAACAACUAUGUUCAAUAUGCAAUCUAUCUGGAGCUAAUAUUGUUCGACUUUUUCUCUUUUAUUUGAAAAGAGUGAAGUAUAGAGAAAGUAAAGUGGUGCAUUCCCAAGAUUUGAACAAUAACAGAAUUCUUAGAUUUAGACGUGUUCCUAUUUUUCUUUUUAGAAAUAGAAAUGUAACCUAGAGGAGUAUUAAUAAAGCAUAGUGUCUCCAUUUGAGUUACUUUCAGUAUUUUUGAUGAUUCUCAUAAUUCUUGUCAUACAGGUUAAAAUGAUUUUCUAUUUAAGGUGAGGAAAGUUUGCUAAAAUUAUUUCAGGUAUUGUUAUAAAGACCACUUAUAAAGGCUUUGUGAACUGAUAAAAUAUUGAUAGUUUAGGAUAUGUGGGUUACUGAAAUACAUGCUACUCUCUGCUUCAGUGAGGACUUGGGUUCUGAGUUAAUAGCUUGAACAACCGACUAAGAUAUCAAUAGCAGGCUUGUGAAGUAGAAGAUACAGUUGUUAAUAUUAUGUAUUUGUUUUAUUGAUGCUGAAGUAAGGGUUACAAACUUGACUGUGCAAUUUGUAGCUCAAGAACAGAGCGUUCCCUAGUCCUUAUCUGCCAAGAAAAACCCCGUAACGCCACAUUCUCUAACUGUAAGGCAGCCGCAGCUCAAUACCUUUCAGACACAGUAGUGUGAAAUAAUUUCAGGCUCCAGGUCUAAACAUUCAUGUCUUGACCUGAAGGAAAGUUGCUGCCUGGCAGUACCGCAGUAAAAUCUUGGAUGAUGCAAUGCUGUGGGUUUUUUUAAAUCCAACGUUGUAGCCAAUAACUGGCCUGUUCUUUCCCACAGCCUAGAAAUGCAGUUACUGGAGUUGCCUAAACCCUGACUUGGAGGGGAUUUGUAGGAGAGGUAAUGUUAAAACAGGGCAGGAACAGAGAUCCCAAGGCAGGGGCAGACCUUAACUUCGAAGUGCCCACUGGACAGCUGCUGCAUUGUAUUAACCAAAAGUGGUGCUGCUGGGUUACAGUAUGUUCAGAAGGAUGUGUCCUGGGGAAAGUAACUAUGGUGCUGCAGGCUGCUGUUCCUUCCCCAAAAAUUCCUUACUCAAAGAAAAGCCAAUCCAGCUGGCCAAAUUCCAAUGUAGAAAUUUGCUAAACUUUAUAUGCUCUACUCAAAGAUGUUUUAUGUUGAUCAUGUUUUACUAUAAAAAACUAUAUAAUGUAUUGUUUGCAGAGGUAAGUGUGAAGCUGCUACUAUUGUGAACUUAAAAGUUAUGCCAAAAAUUAUUUUUGAACAAUCACAGCAAUGUAUUUGAUUGAUUGUUGUCUAAUUUCAAUUAGGGAGAUAAAUAGGAAUUUAAUUUGAAUGGUGGUCUUAAAUCAGUGGUUGUGGUUAAAACUUGUUUCCUUGGAUGCCUAUGCAUCACUGAAAAUGAUUUUAUUACAAAAUUAGCUAUCUAAGCCCUGAAAUUUUAGCAAAAGUUUUAACGGGCAUUUUAGUAGUUGCUACAAAUCCCAGUGGUUUAAUUCUGUUGGAAUUUUUCAGAAUAAAAGGAUCUGGUCAUGAUGUAA